AUGGUUGCUGCACAGAAGACCUCCCAAUUCAGCGAUGCUGCGCUCCAACGUCGUCUUGCCCUUGCUGGCAAGGCCGGGCCGCAGGCGCUCAUGAAAAAUGUUCGUGUGUUCGGGAUUGCGUGUUUCGCCUGUAUCGGUGGCUUGCUCUAUGGAUACAACCAAGGUGUUUUCAGUGGUGUUCUGACAAUGACAUCUUUCAACAACCACAUGGGCGACUAUACUACCAAUUCGACCAAGAAGGGUUGGCUCACAUCGAUCCUUGAGCUCGGGGCCUGGACUGGGACAAUGUACUCUGGUUUUCUUGCCGAGCUGAUCUCGCGAAAAUAUGCUAUCAUCGUCAAUACUUGCAUCUUCAUCCUUGGUGUCAUCGUACAGUGCACAGCAACGUCCGCAGGGCAUUCCGCAAUCCUUGGUGGUCGCUUUGUUGUCGGUAUGGGUGUAGGCUCACUGUCCAUGAUUGUACCGAUGUACGUCGCAGAAUGUUCACCUCCCGAAUUGCGAGGCCUCCUCAUUGGUGUUCAACAAUUUGCUAUCGAAUUUGGAAUCAUGAUCAGCUUCUGGAUUGACUACGGCACCAAUUACAUUGGUGGGACUGGUAAAGGUCAAUCCGACGCCGCCUGGCUCGUUCCUCUGGCCCUGCAGCUUGCGCCCGCUCUCGUAUUGUUGGUCGGAAUGAUCUUCAUGCCCUUUACCCCGCGAUGGCUCAUUCAUCAUGGCCGCGAGGAAGAAGCGCGCAGGACGCUCGCCACGUUGAGAUCAAUGCCAAUUGGCCAUGAACUGAUUGAAAUUGAGUACCUUGAGAUCAAAGCUCAAUCGAUGUUCGAGAAGAGGACGGUUGAAGCCAAUUUCCCCCAUCUUGUAGAACCUACUGCCUGGAAUAUUGCUAAGUUGCAGUUCGUGGCUAUCGGCUCGCUUUUCAAGACUAUGCCGAUGUUUCGUCGAGUUAUUGUUGCCACCGUGACCAUGUUUUUCCAGCAAUGGACUGGAAUUAAUGCUGUCCUAUAUUACGCACCACAGAUCUUUGGCGCCCUUGGUCUCUCCAAUAACACGACUUCGCUUCUGGCCACGGGUGUUGUUGGUGUGGCCAUGCUGCUUGCCACAAUUCCCUCUAUCCUGUAUAUCGAUCGCAUUGGACGUAAGCCGGCACUCGCGCUCGGAGCUUUGGGUAUGGGGUUGUGCCACUUCAUCAUUGCGGUCAUCUUUGCCAAGAAUGAGCACCAAUGGCCAACUCAUAAAGCUGCUGGCUGGGCUGCAAUUGUCAUGGUUUGGCUGUUUGUCGUCCACUUCGGUUGGUCAUGGGGUCCUUGCGCUUGGAUCGUGGUUGCUGAGGUGUGGCCUCUCAGUGCAAGACCUUAUGGCAUUGCACUAGGAGCCAGUUCGAACUGGAUGAACAACUUUAUCGUUGGUCAAGUUACCCCGGAUAUGAUCGUUCAUAUGAGAUACGGGACCUUUAUCCUUUUCGGGAUACUUAUCACAAUUGGAGCCGCCUUUGUGUGGUUUUACGUUCCCGAAACCAAGCAAUUGACGCUUGAGGAAAUGGACCUUGUGUUCGGCUCAAGCGGCGUCGCAGCUGCUGACCAGGAGCGCAUGGCCCAGAUCAAUGCUGAGCUUGGUCUCGAUCGGGCCAAUGCCAGUGGCCAUGGAAGUGAAGAGCACGUUCCCUCUGCUUCCGAGAAGGUCGAGGAGUCGAAGCAAGUUUAG